AUGCCCGACCGCAGCCUUGAUGAUCUUAUUUCCGACCAGGUCAUUACAGAUGCCACGGAAGAGGCAGAAAUGGUUGGCGACGACGAGGGACUUGGCCAGGAAACUCAUUCGCUAGCUAUUGGAGAUGGCGACGGGGAUCGAAGUAGCACCGACACAGAGGAUGCCCGGUGGAACGGCGAGGCUGGUGAACUAGGCCCCGACGCGGAUGACGAAGAGUUGGACAAUGACUACUGUCAAGCAUAUUUUGAUAAUGGAGAAGGCGAUUUUAGUGAUGACGGUCUCGGUGGGUAUACGGUAGGUGGCGAGGAUGGUGGGGGUGGGAGGGGAGACCAAGGAGACUACUAUGAAUAG